AUGGCGUUUCUAAUUCUAUGUCGACAUAUAUUUCCCAACGACGGUCUUCGGAAAGUCAUAUAUAUUCUCAUGGGAAUUGUGCUGGCCUAUUGCGUUGUCUACAUGGUUGGUCUUGCAUUUGAAUGCCUUCCAGUCUCAUACAUCUGGACGCAGUGGACGGGAGAAACGAUAGGUCAUUGUUUGAACAUCAAUGCUUUUGGAUGGUCAUGCGCGAUUUGGAAUAUCAUUCUGGAUUUGGCUAUCAUGGCCGUCCCUCUUUUCGGGGUCCGAAAAUUGUCUCUGCGCAGGAGAAAGAAGAUUUUGAUAAUGGUGAUGUUUGGGGCUGGUCUUUUGUAA